GUCUAAGUAAAGUCAAUCAACAUCUUCAAGAUCUAAAGACAGAAUGAAAAGUGCUACAGCUUUGCUGCUGAUCCUAUGCCUGUCAGGGGCUUUGGUUCAGGCAGAGAUGGCCUCACAGUCUGACAUCAGUGCUGAGCUGGGAGCACUGAGAGCCUCGGUGGAGGAGCUGAGGUUGAUGGAGAACAGACUGGCAGCAAGCGAAAGCAAUGUGCAAGCUCAGGAGAACACAGUGAAGGAACUUAGAGCAGAGCUGGAUGUGACUAAGACGGAGUUACUUCACUACAAAGAGCAGGCAGAGAAGAUGGAAAAAAAGCUUGAUGGAUCCAAAGUGGCCUUCUCUGUGGCUUUGACUGAAGCAGUAGGACCCUUCAGGGUUGAAACUACAAUAAUCUACCCAAACAUCAUCACGAACAUCGGCAAUGCUUACAACGCCCACACAGGUUUCUUUACAGCCCCCAUCAGCGGCGUCUACUUCUUCAGGUUUAAUGUUAUGGAUAGUUGGAAAGAUAGCGCCAUGGGCGCAGCGUUGUACAAGAACAACCAAAGAGUUCUUCUAAAUAAUGCCUGGAAUCACUGGGAGGACAAUGAGCAUGUUUCCAACGGAGUAGUCCUGGAGCUCUCUCAGGGCGAUGUAGUGCACAUGCGUCUUCCUGCAUGGUACAGUGUCACUGAUUUUGGUGAACAUCACUUCAACAUUUUCAGCGGUUUCCUUCUUUUUCCCAUGUGAGAACAUGGCAGGAGUGUGUUAGAGGUUGCAUGUUGCUCAAUGAAAAGCACCUCAGUUUCAAAAUACUGCGUGUCACAUGUUUGCUUAACAUAAGUAAAGCUCAAAUAAAAUAAGCUUCUAUAAAAA